AUGGCUUCUUCGGAAGCCGAUUCCCGCCUAAGCCACGUCGUAGCCCCUGCCCUAGAUAAGAUCAUAAAGAACGCGUCCUGGCGGAAACACUCUAAACUUGGUCAUGAAUGCAAAUCCGUUCUCGAGAGACUCACUUCGCCACAGAAGCAGCCACCGGCCGCCGAUUCCGAGCCUGAAGCCUCGAUCCCUGGUCCACUCCACGAUGGAGGGCCCACCGAGUACUCCCUUGCGGAAUCUGAAUCCAUCCUCAGUCCUCUGAUCAACGCCUGUGGAACCGGCUUCCUGAAGAUUGUUGAUCCAGCCGUUGAUUGCAUUCAAAAAUUAAUCGCCCAUGGCUACUUGCGUGGCGAAGCUGACCCGAGUGGAGGCACCGAGGCUCAAUUAUUGUCAAAAUUAAUUGAAUCCGUUUGUAAAUGUUACGAUAUUGGCGACGAUGCGAUUGAGCUUUUGGUUCUUAAGACUCUUCUAUCGGCGGUUACAUCGAUUUCGUUGAGGAUACAUGGUGAUUGUCUGUUGCAAAUAGUGAGAACUUGUUAUGAUAUUUAUCUGGGGAGCAAAAAUGUAGUAAAUCAGACGACAGCAAAAGCGUCGUUGAUCCAAAUGUUGGUGAUUGUGUUUCGGAGAAUGGAGGCAGAUUCAUCAACAGUACCGAUUCAACCGAUUGUUGUAGCGGAAUUAAUGGAACCUGUUGAGAAAUCGGAUGCGGACGGGUCAAUGACGAUGUUUGUGCAGGGUUUUAUAACUAAAAUUAUGCAAGAUAUUGAUGUAGUUUUGAAUUCAGCUGCGCCAAGUAAGGCUUCAUCGGGAACUCACGACGGAGCUUUUGAGACUACCACAGUUGAGACCACUAAUCCUGCGGAUUUACUAGAUUCGACAGAUAAGGACAUGUUAGAUGCCAAGUAUUGGGAGAUUAGCAUGUACAAGACGGCCUUGGAGGGGAGGAAAGGGGAAUUGGCUGACGGGGAAGGGGAGAGAGAUGAGGAUUUGGAGAUUCAGAUUGGGAAUAAGCUGCGGAGAGAUGCAUUUUUGGUGUUUAGAGCUCUUUGCAAGCUGUCAAUGAAAACACCACCUAAAGAGGCCAUGGCUGAUCCUCAGUUGAUGAGAGGGAAAAUAGUGGCCUUGGAGUUAUUGAAGAUCCUAUUGGAGAAUGCUGGGGCAGUCUUUAGAACUAGUGACAGGUUUUUAGGUGCUAUUAAACAAUACUUGUGUCUUUCGCUGUUGAAGAACAGUGCUUCAAGUCUUAUGAUUGUUUUCCAACUUUCUUGCUCCAUUUUUAUUAGUCUGGUCUCAAGGUUUAGAGCUGGAUUAAAAGCAGAGAUUGGAGUUUUUUUUCCUAUGAUUGUUCUAAGAGUUUUGGAAAAUGUUGCUCAACCUAAUUUUCAACAGAAAAUGAUAGUGCUUCGGUUUUUAGAUAAGCUAUGUGUUGAUUCACAAAUCCUGGUGGACAUUUUCAUUAACUAUGAUUGUGAUGUCAAUUCAUCAAACAUAUUUGAGAGAAUGGUCAAUGGACUUCUUAAAACCGCUCAAGGUGCCCCUCCUGGUACUGCCACUACACUUUUGCCACCACAGGAGGUGACUAUGAAACUUGAAGCUAUGAAGUGCUUAGUGGCCAUUUUGAGAUCAAUGGGUGACUGGAUGAACAAACAGUUACGCAUUCCAGAUCUGCAUUCUUCCAAGAAAUUUGAUGCAGCUGAGAGCAGUCCUGAACCUGGCAGUCUUUCCUUGGCGAAUGGGAAUGGGGAUGACCCUGUUGAAGGAUCAGAUUCUCAUUCCGAAGCUUCCACUGAAGCUUCUGAUGUUUCGACUAUUGAGCAACGCCGGGCUUACAAGCUGGAACUUCAGGAAGGUAUAUCUCUUUUUAAUCGGAAACCUAAGAAGGGUAUUGAAUUUCUCAUCAAUGCAAAUAAAGUGGGCAAUUCACCAGAGGAAAUAGCAGCAUUCCUUAAAAAUGCGUCUGGUUUGAACAAGACACUGAUCGGUGAUUAUCUGGGAGAAAGAGAGGAGUUACCAUUGAAAGUAAUGCAUGCCUAUGUGGAUUCAUUUGACUUCCAAGGAAUGGAGUUUGAUGAGGCUAUAAGAGUCUUCCUACAGGGCUUCAGGUUACCUGGUGAGGCACAGAAGAUUGAUCGCAUUAUGGAAAAGUUUGCGGAGCGUUAUUGCAAAUGUAAUCCAAAGGUUUUUACUAGUGCUGACACAGCGUACGUCCUUGCUUACUCAGUGAUCAUGCUCAAUACUGAUGCUCACAACCCCAUGGUGAAGAACAAGAUGUCAGCUGAUGAUUUUAUAAGAAACAAUCGUGGUAUUGAUGAUGGAAAAGAUCUAGCUGAGGAGUACUUGAGAUCAUUAUUUGAACGCAUAUCCAGAAAUGAGAUCAAAAUGAAAGAAGAUGAUUUAGCUCUUCAACAAAAACAAUAUAUGAACUCAAACAAAAUUUUAGGCUUGGACAGUAUCCUGAACAUUGUGAUCCGCAAGCGGGGUGAAGAUAAGAUGGAAACCAGUGAUGAUCUUAUCAGGCACAUGCAAGAACAAUUUAAGGAAAAAGCUCGCAAAUCUGAGUCAGUUUAUUAUGCAGCAACUGAUGUGGUGAUACUUCGGUUUAUGAUUGAGGUAUGCUGGGCUCCAAUGUUGGCUGCCUUUAGUGUGCCUCUUGACCAAAGUGAUGAUGACGUGGUGAUAGAUUUAUGUCUUGAAGGUUUCCGAUAUGCCAUCCAUGUGACUGCUGUAAUGUCCAUGAAGACUCACAGAGAUGCUUUUGUUACAUCAUUAGCAAAGUUUACCUCUCUUCACUCCCCUGCUGAUAUCAAGCAGAAAAACAUUGACGCUAUCAAGGCAAUAGUUACAAUUGCAGAUGAGGAUGGAAAUUAUUUGCAAGAAGCUUGGGAGCAUAUUUUGACUUGUGUCUCACGCUUUGAACACCUGCAUCUGUUGGGUGAGGGUGCUCCUCCAGAUGCCACCUUUUUUGCUUUUCCUCAGAAUGAAUCAGACAAGUCAAAACAAGCUAAGUCAACUAUCCUCCCUGUUUUGAAAAAGAAGGGACCUGGGAGAAUGCAGUAUGCAGCUUCUGCUGUGAUGAGAGGUUCAUAUGAUAGUGCUGGCAUUGGUGGCAGUGCUUCUGGGGCUGUCACUUCUGAACAGAUGAACAAUUUAGUCUCUAAUUUAAACAUGCUAGAACAAGUGGGAAGCUCUGAAAUGAACCGCAUAUUCACACGGAGCCAAAAACUGAACAGUGAGGCGAUAAUUGACUUUGUCAAGGCUCUUUGCAAGGUCUCUAUGGAGGAAUUGCGCUCUGCAUCUGAUCCACGAGUUUUUAGCCUGACAAAGAUUGUUGAGAUUGCGCACUAUAACAUGAAUCGCAUCAGACUUGUAUGGUCAAGCAUCUGGCACGUGCUUUCUGAUUUCUUUGUAAACAUAGGUUGUUCUGAAAAUCUUUCAAUUGCAAUUUUUGCAAUGGACUCCUUACGCCAAUUAUCAAUGAAAUUCCUAGAGCGAGAGGAGUUGGCUAACUACAAUUUUCAGAAUGAAUUUAUGAAGCCUUUCGUCAUUGUUAUGCGUAAGAGCAGUGCUGUUGAGAUCAGAGAACUGAUUAUCAGAUGUGUCUCUCAAAUGGUUCUAUCUCGUGUCAACAAUGUUAAAUCAGGGUGGAAGAGCAUGUUCAUGGUCUUCACAACUGCAGCUUAUGAUGACCACAAAAAUAUUGUACUCUUGGCCUUUGAAAUAAUGGAGAAGAUUAUUCGAGAAUACUUCCCGUACAUCACUGAGACUGAAACCACCACCUUUACAGAUUGUGUAAAUUGCCUCAUUGCAUUCACUAACAGUCGAUUCAACAAAGACAUUAGCCUUAAUGCAAUAGCUUUUCUUCGAUUCUGUGCUACAAAACUUGCAGAAGGAGAUUUGGGAUCAGCUACAAGGAAUAAGGAUAAGGAAGCAUCUGGAAAAUUUUCCCCAUCUUCACCAAAAGCUGGAAAGAAUGGAAAACAUGAAAAUGGAGAGAUUACAGACAAGGAAGAUCAUCUUUAUUUCUGGUUCCCUUUGUUGGCAGGCUUAUCAGAACUUAGCUUUGAUCCUAGACCUGAAAUCAGGAAGAGUGCACUGCAGGUUCUGUUUGAUACUUUGCGCAAUCAUGGCCACCUUUUCUCUUUACCUCUGUGGGAACGAGUCUUUGAGUCAGUUCUGUUUCCAAUAUUUGACUAUGUACGGCAUGCUAUUGAUCCGACUGGGGGUGAUUCUCCUGGGCAAGGGAUUGAUAGUGAUGCAGGUGAGCUUGAACAGGACGCAUGGCUUUAUGAGACAUGCACAUUGGCACUCCAAUUGGUUGUAGAUCUUUUUGUCAGAUUCUAUAACACUGUCAAUCCUCUUCUGAGGAAGGUGCUGAUGCUUCUGGUUAGCUUUAUUAGACGCCCACACCAAAGUCUUGCUGGUAUUGGUAUUGCAGCAUUUGUUCGUUUGAUGAGCAAUGCUGGUGAUCUAUUUUCAGAGGAGAAGUGGCUAGAAGUGGUUUUGUCACUAAAAGAGGCAGCCAAUGCAACACUUCCUGAUUUCUCUUACAUUGUUAAUGGAGAUUCCACAGGAAGAAGCCAUCAAGCUUCAACUGGACAGACUAAUGGAGAGUCUACUGUAUCUGGCAUGCCUGAUGAUGAUCCUGAGAGACAGAUGACGCGCCGUCUUUAUGCUUCAAUAUCUGAUGCAAAAUGUAGAGCUGCUGUUCAACUCUUAUUAAUUCAGGCAGUGAUGGAAAUAUAUAACAUGUAUCGAGCUGACCUUUCAGCAAAAAAUACCUUAGUCCUCUUUGAUGCUUUGCAUGAUGUGGCAUCUCAUGCUCACAAGAUCAAUACUAAUUCCACGUUGCGUGCAAGGCUACAAGAGUUUGGCUCUAUGACCCAAAUGCAAGACCCUCCAUUAUUACGCUUGGAAAAUGAGUCGUAUCAAAUUUGCCUCACAUUCUUGCAAAAUCUUAUAUCGGAUCAGCCCACAGAUUUCAACGAGGCUGAAGUGGAAUCUCAUCUCGUCAACCUUUGCCUGGAGGUGUUACAAUUUUACAUUGAAACUUCCCGCACUGGACUGGCAUCACAGGCAUCUCCCAGCUUACAAACCCAGUGGCUGAUUCCUGUUGGCUCUGGAAAACGUAGGGAAUUGGCUGCACGGGCACCCGUUAUAGUUGCAACUCUCCAGGCCAUCUGUAGUUUGGGAGAGACUUCAUUUGAAAAGAACUUGAGUCAUUUCUUCCCCCUUCUUUCCGGCUUGAUAAGCUGUGAACAUGGGUCAAAUGAAGUCCAAGUCGCUCUCAGUGAUAUGCUCAGCUCUUCAGUGGGACCUGUUUUGCUUCGGUCAUGUUGACCUUGGAAUUUUGGAUAAGCUUGGUUGAAUUCCACGUUGGCUAUUGAAUAUUUGACAAAUUGCAACUAUCAUUGAACCAGUACCAGUUUUGUGAAAAGCAGAGUGCAACUGAUUGUGCAGAUUAUAGAAAUUUUAUCCGUAUCGCAUGUGGAAAGGGCAAGUUGCAAUGUGUUUCCUGAUUUCUUCUCUCUGUACUAAUCCACAUUGACUACUUCAUGGCCGCUGCACCAAAUUACCACCGAGAACUGCCUGCGGUUUUUUUAAUUUUUCACUUUUCAAUUCGGCUUGCAUGAUUGCAGCCACUGGUCAGGAAUUGUUGAAAAAAGAUUGGUUUAGGCGUUUAGCUCUGAUAGUUGAUGAGUAAUUGGGAUUAGCUUAUGUAUGAAAUUACUAGUUACAACACAAUUUAUUUUGAUAUAAUAUAUUAGAUAUCU